UGCUAACAACAACGUGUGUUGACUACAAAGCCUAGCACAUGUUUUAAAAAUUAGUAAAUAAAGCCAAUUUUAAAAUUUUAUUUUAAUAUAUUGGCAAAAUAAAUUAAAUAAUCAUGGCUGAUAAAGUUUUUCAUCGACCGGGGCCCUUAAAGCAAACUAAUAAGGCGCAUAAAACAGGAAGGCAUCGUUCUAAAGGCGCUAUUGAUAAUGCACAGAAAGGAAAAGUUUCCUUAAAAGUAGUAUCCCAUAAACACAAACAACAACAGCGAAAAGAACAGCGUCGCAAUCAAUUGAAUCAACUACGUAAGAAUAAACGAGAAGAAUCUUUUGCAAUAAAACGUCAAUUGGGUGGUCAAAAUACAGCACCAUUUCUUGUUUGCAUACUGCCGAUGCACAAACAAAUAGAUCCAAGAUCUGCGCUGGCCAUACUGGAGAAUUGUGAUGAAGAAGCAGUUGUGGAUCGUUCACUUGCAGGUGUUACUUAUAUAAAUUUACCACGUUUCAAACAACGUUUUGCAUUCAUAGUACCGCCGGUUGGGCGAGGUAAUGAAGUUGCUGUAUUGGAUUAUCUUAAAGUAUGUGAUACAACGUUACUAUUAACAUCUGCUGCAAUGGGUGAAGAUGAUGUCUUCGAUAAAUGGGGACAUCGUAUUUAUAACAUGAUUUCAGCACAAGGUAUACCAACACCUAUUGUAGCUUUAAUGGAUUUAGAAUCGGUUAAUCCAAAAAGGCGUGCAAACUCUAAAGCUGCUGCAUAUAAAUUUUUAUCCAAACUAUUGCCAGCGGAAAAAAUAAUGCAAUUAGAUACAAAUGCUGAAGGUCUUAAUGUCAUGCGUCGUGUUGGUGCUCAAAAGAAAAAUGUGCUCUACAAUAAAAAUAAUAGACCACACCUUUUCGGCGAUAAGGUAGAGUUUAUACCGAAUAGUAAUCCAACUCAUGAGUUUGGCACACUAAAAGUAACUGGUUUCCUACGCGGCACGCCAUUAGAUGUGAACGGCUUAGUGCAUAUACCUGGUUUAGGUGAUUUUCAAAUGUCACAAAUAGAUGCACCACAAGAUCCCUACAAAUUGGAUAAAAGUAGAAAUGCUGAAAUGUCUACGGAUGAAGUGCGCAACUUAUGUAAAGCUGAUCCUACAAAGCAAACUUCUCUACAAAGUGAAAAUAUACCGGAUCCAAUGGAUGCAGAACAAACAUGGCCAACGGAAGAAGAAAUACAAGAAGCACAGAAAGAAGCAAAGAAAACAAAACUCAUAAAACGUGUGCCCAAAGGUUAUAGCGCAUAUCAAGCUGCGUGGAUACCUGAUGUUGAAACUGUUGAGGAUGAUCAAAGUAUUGCUGAGGAUGACGACGAUAUGGAUGACGAUGAUGAUGAUGAUGAAAACGAAGAUGAAGAUGAUGAGUUUAUGUCAUGUGAUGAUAAAUCAUUUGAUGAUGAAGUUGAAAAACCUGAUUCGGACACUGAAGAAUAUGUUGAAACUGCUUCUGUAUCUGAUGUAGCUAUAAAUGACGAAAAAUAUGAUUUACAAAUGGAUUUCCAUGAGGAAAGAGAUACUAUGAAGAAAAUUAAAGAAGCACGUGUAGAUGAAUUGUGGCCUGAUGAAAUUGAUACACCAUUGGAUGUUGCAGCUAGAGAUCGUUUUCAAAAGUUCAGAGGACUGGAAUCUUUCAGAACAUCACCUUGGGAUACAAAAGAAAAUCUACCCAGUGAUUAUGCACGCAUUUAUCAAUUCAAGAACUUCGAUCGCACUAAGAGACGUAUUAUCACAGAAGCCAAAGAAAUUGAUGGCGUUUUGCCUGGCUGGUAUAUAACAAUACAUAUCAUUAAUGUACCAGCAACAAAAUGGUUCGCUUAUAAAUCUGCACAACUCACCAAUAAUGUCAUUGUCUAUGGCAUGUUACCACAUGAACAUCAAAUGUCAAUCAUGAAUGUUGUGCUCAAACGUUUACCCGACUCAGAAGUGCCAAUAAAAUCAAAAGAAAGAAUUAUUAUACAAUGUGGUUAUCGUCGCUUUGUGGUUAAUCCCACUUACAGCCAACACACUAACGGAGAUAAACACAAGUUUGAACGUUAUUUCCGACCACACGAAACAGUUUGUGCUACAUUCUUUGCUCCUAUACAGUUUCCACCAGUACCAGUGCUUGCAUUUAAAGAAAAUCCUGAUACCACCCUGGCACUGGUUGCGAGGGGUUGUGUGAUUAAUUGUAAUCCUGACCGUAUUAUACUUAAGCGAGUUGUACUAAGUGGUCAUCCUAUGCGCAUUAAUCGUAAAUCCGCGACAAUACGUUAUAUGUUCUUCAAUAAGGAAGAUGUAGAAUACUUUAAACCAGUAAAACUACGUACAAAAUGUGGUCGUUUAGGACAUAUUAAGGAAUCUUUAGGUACACAUGGUCACAUGAAAUGCUAUUUCGAUGGACAGCUACGUUCGCAGGACACAGUCUUUAUGUAUCUUUACAAACGAGUUUAUCCUAAGUGGACCUAUGAAGAAUGCCUAAUUAGAUGCGAAGAAAAUAAUCAAAGAUCGGAGUUAAUGAUGGAUAUGUGAUAUCAAUAGUUAUUCAUUUAAAAAUAAAGAUUGACUCGUUAUUUGUUGAAAAUUAAGAAUGCAAUAAUGAAAAAGAUAUUACAAAAAAUUAAUGCUAAUGGUUUUUUGAUUGAAGUUAUAAUAGUGUUCGCAUUGCAUUUUAGAAAAUUAACACA